CAUAGCCUCCCUCUUCAUUCUCCGAUCUGAAUAGCAGCGUACAUAUAUCAGCUGAUCAGCUUGCAUACACCAUACUAUGCAAACAUCAUACAUACCCCGGCCGGUAGUCAUGCCUCCCCUCUACCCAGUACUGGUGGUAGGGUUUGCUGUCUUCCUCUUUUGUGUGCUGCAUGCUCCAUGCUCUGCUGCAACGGCGAUUGGCGACACUCUAGCGGCAGGCCAAGCACUUGCUGCCGGCGACAAGCUUGUCUCAAGAAACGGCAAGUUUGCGCUUGGCUUCUUCCAGUUCCAGCAAAGCCUUGGCGGCCGCACCACGGGUGAGUCCAUUGACAAUACCACAACCACCACCACCAUCUCCUCCCCUGGCUGGUAUCUUGGCAUAUGGUUCAACAAGAUCCCUGUUUUCACCCCUGUCUGGGUUGCUAAUAGGGAGAGGGCCAUCACUAGAUCUGAGCUUCUCAUAACACAGUUCCAUGUCUCAAUAGAUGGCAACCUCAUUAUCAGCAGUGCUGGAUCUGUAAUCUGGAACAGUACUAUUGUUGUUAGCAGCACAAACAGCAGCACCUAUAUUAUUGUCCUCAAGAACACUGGAAACCUUGCCCUCGUACCAAACACCUCAUCUAAUGGAGAACCCUUGUGGCAAAGCUUUGACUACCCGACAGAUGCCGCGCUUCCUGGUGUCAAGAUAGGUCGAAACAAGGUCACUGGUUUUAGUCAUCAGCUCAUCUCAAAGAAGAGCCUAAUUGAUCCCGAUCUUGGCUCAUACUCCCUUAACAUACACACUGACGGGGUGUUGCAACUCAAAACUCGCAACACCCCUGUUGUGACGUAUUGGUCUUGGCCAUCUGGAAAAUUAGGGGUACUUGUAUCGACAAUGAGUGCGCUGAUAGAUGUGGAUCCACGGGCCAAGGGCUUGCUUAAACCCACAUAUAUAGACAAUGACAAAGAGGUGUACUUCACAUAUACCAUAAUGAAUGAAUCAACCUCCACAUUCUUUCCAAUAGACACCUCUGGGCAACUUAAACUGAUGCUUUGGUCAGAAGCCAAUCAAACUUGGGAAACCAUAUAUGCUCAACCUUCUGAUUUUUGCAUUACUUAUGCCGUUUGUGGACCUUUCACGAUCUGCAACAGCAAUUCAGGGCCAUUACCCUGUGACUGUAUGGAGACCUUCUCUAUGAAGUCAACUCAAGAAUGGGAGCUUGGUGAUCGAACAGGAGGGUGUGUAAGAAAUACUCCCUUAGAUUGCAGAACCAACAACAAAAGCAAUGCAAGUUCAACAGAUGUAUUCCACCCUAUACCUCAUGUUACGUUGCCCUAUGAUCCACAGAGAAUAGAAGAUGUCACCACACAAAGCGAUUGCGCAGAAGCUUGUCUCCAUGACUGCUCCUGCAAUGCUUAUUCCUAUUCCGAUAGUUAUAGUAAUUGCUCUAUCUGGCAUGGAGAGUUACUUAAUGUAAAUCAGGAUGAUGGCAAUGGUAUUAGUUCUCAAGAUGUCCUUUACCUCCGCCUUGCAGCAAGGGAUUUUCAAGGUACUACGAAAAAAAACAAAAGAAUACCAAGAGUUGUUAUUGUUGCAUGCAUUGUUGGUUUUGGGUUAAUAAUGGUCAUGGUGUUGUUGAUGAUUUGGAGGAAUAGAUUGAAGUGGUGCUAUCAUCCAUCACAUGACAAUGACAUCCAAGGUAGUGGUGAAGGAAUUGUUGCCUUUAAAUACACUAGUCUAUGUCGUGCCACUAAAAAUUUCUCUGAGAGGCUAGGAGGAGGUGGGUUUGGUUCUGUAUUCAAGGGAGUCUUAAGUGACUCGACUACUAUUGCAGUGAAAAGAUUUGAUGGUGACCGCCAAGGAGAGAACCAAUUUCGAGCUGAGGUGAGCUCGAUUGGGAUGAUCCAACAUAUCAAUCUAGUCAAAUUGAUUGGUUUCUGUUGUGAAGGUGAUGAGAGGCUACUUGUGUACGAACACAUGUCAAAUGGGUCUCUAGAUUCCCAUCUAUUUAAGAGCAAUGCUUCUUUCCUAAUAAAUUGGAGCACUAGGUAUCAAAUAGCUAUAGGAGUUGCUAGAGGAUUGCGCUACUUGCAUCAUAGUUGCCACAAAUGCAUCAUACACUGUGAUAUUAAGCCAGAAAACAUACUUCUCGACGCAUCAUUUAUUCCUAAGAUUUCAGACUUUGGGAUGUCUGCAAUCGUAGGAAGGGAUUUUAGCCGUGUUUUGACCACAUUCAGAGGAACAACAGAGUAUCUUGCCCCAGAGUGGCUUAGUGGUGUUCCUAUUACACCUAAAGUUGACGUUUAUAGCUUUGGUAUGGUACUGCUGGAGAUGAUAUCAGGAAGAAGGAAUUCCCUAGAAUUACACUCUAGCAACAGUUAUCAUGAUGCUUAUUUCCCGGUGCAAGCUAUCACCAAGCUUCACGAGGGAGACAUGUGGAGUUUGGUGGACACACAGUUACAAGGUGAUUUUGAUUUAGCAGGGGUUGAAAGGGUAUGCAAAGUUGCAUGCUGGUGCAUCCAAGAUAAUGAGGUUCAUCGACCGACAAUGGUUGAAGUUGUUCAUUUUCUGGAGGGUCUGAAAGAGCUUGAUAUGCCCCCGAUGCCAAGACGACUUGCAGCUAUAGCAGAACGUUCUAAUGUGUAAAUGACUCAUGGUUAAGUCAUAUUUUUUCUAGGUUCAACAAAUUCAAAAGUUGUAAUGUGGAGUUGAAGGAAUAUCUUGAUGGUGCCUAUGAUUUUCCAAAUGUAGAGAAAUUAAUAGGGCUAUGUUUUUGGAUGGGAGAGAGUGAACGUUUAUUUAUCCUUUACUGAAAGGAACAUGUUGAUCCUACUUACUGUAAACUUUCUUAGUGAUAUGUCACAUCUUUGCAGGUUGUGUGUGGUGGUA